GGUAAGAAGAGGAGUACACUGAAGUGUAAUUUAACUGUAAACCAGGCGCCGCAUAUGACAACUCGGGAUUCAGUAUAAUGGAAUUAAACGUGGACUGUGUUGUGGACAUUUCUCUUCGUUGAACGAGUUUCGCCUGCUGUCAUCCCCUGCAAGCUCUUCAUCUUGUGAAGGUGCAGUCAAGCUUGGAGAAAGAUGUCGGACAAGAUGUCUAGCUUCCUCCACAUCGGGGACAUCUGCUCCCUGUAUGCGGAGGGCUCCACAAAUGGAUUUAUCAGUACAUUAGGUCUCGUGGAUGACCGAUGUGUUGUACAGCCAGACACAGGAGACCUCAAUAACCCUCCCAAGAAGUUCAGAGACUGUCUCUUCAAGCUGUGUCCUAUGAAUAGGUACUCAGCUCAGAAGCAGUUCUGGAAAGCAGCGAAGCCGGGGGGCAACAGCACAACAGACACUGUGCUGUUAAACAAACUGCACCACGCGGCCGACCUGGAGAAGAAACAGAAUGAGUCAGAGAACCGAAAGUUGCUGGGCACAGUCAUCCAGUACGGCAACGUCAUUCAGCUCCUGCACUUGAAAAGCAAUAAGUACCUGACGGUGAACAAGCGUCUGCCGGCCCUGCUGGAGAAGAACGCCAUGCGGGUCACGCUGGACUGCGCGGGCAACGAGGGCUCCUGGUUCUACAUCCAGCCCUUCUACAAGCUCCGCUCCAUAGGAGACAGCGUGGUGAUUGGAGAUAAAGUGGUCCUUAACCCUGUGAAUGCUGGUCAGCCCCUACAUGCCAGCACUCACCAACUAGUAGACAAUGCAGGCUGCAACGAGGUGAACUCUGUGAAUUGCAACACAAGUUGGAAAAUUGUUUUAUUUAUGAAAUGGAGUGACAACAAAGAGACCAUACUCAAAGGGGGUGAUGUAGUGAGGCUGUUCCACGCUGAGCAGGAGAAGUUCCUCACGUGUGACGACCACAGGAAGAAGAUGUACGUCUUCCUACGCACCACUGGCCGCCAGUCCGCUACCUCCGCCACUAGUAGCAAAGCAUUAUGGGAAGUCGAGGUGGUGCAGCACGACCCCUGCCGUGGCGGAGCCGGCUACUGGAACAGCCUCUUCAGAUUCAAACACCUGGCCACCGGGUGUUACCUGGCCGCUGAGGUGAACCCAGACUAUGAAGAGGAGUGCCAAGAGUCUCGGUCCUCUGUGGGGGAUUUUGUCCCCUUUAACUUCCAGUUGGACUCUGACCACGAGGCCCUGAGGGCCCGUCUGCGCACCCCCAACGAGAAGGUCAUGUACACGCUGGUGUCCGUUCCCGACGGCAACGACAUCUCCUCCAUUUUUGAGCUGGAUCCUACCACUCUGCGUGGGGGGGACUCAUUAGUGCCCAGGAGCUCCUACGUGAGGCUGAGGCAUCUCUGCACAAACACAUGGGUCCACAGCACCAACUCCCCCAUCGACAAGGAGGAAGAGAAGCCUGUCAUGCUGCGGAUCGGCACGUCUUCCGUGAAGGAGGAUAAAGAGGCCUUUGCCAUAGUGCCUGUGCCCCCGGCCGAAGUCCGAGACCUGGACUUUGCUAACGACGCCAGCAAAGUGCUGGCCUCCAUCGCGGGCAAGCUGGAGAAGGGCACCAUCACGCAAAACGAGAGGAGGUUCGUCACUAAGCUGCUGGAGGAUUUGGUGUUCUUUGUGGUGGACAUCCCCAACAGCGGCCAGGACGUGCUGGAGAUCAUGGUCAACAAGCCCAACAGAGAGCGACAGAAGCUCAUGAGGGAGCAGAACAUCCUCAAACAGAUCUUCAAGCUGCUGCAGGCUCCGUUCACAGACAGUGGCGACGGCCCCAUGCUGCGCCUGGAGGAGUUGGGUGACCAGCGCCACGCCCCCUUCAGGCACAUCUGCCGCCUCUGUUACCGCGUGCUGCGCCACUCACAGCAGGACUACAGGAAGAACCAGGAGUACAUAGCCAAGCAGUUCCGCUUCAUGCAGAAGCAGAUUGGCUACGACGUGCUGGCUGAGGACACCAUCACGGCCCUGCUGCACAACAACCGCAAACUCCUCGAGAAGCACAUCACUGCUGCCGAGAUCGACACCUUUGUUAGCCUCGUCAGGAAGAACAGAGAACCUAGGUUUCUGGACUAUCUGUCCGAUCUCUGUGUUUCCAUGAAUAAAUCGAUCCCCGUGACGCAGGAGCUAAUCUGCAAUGCUGUGCUGGAUCCAGCUAACGCCGACAUCCUCAUUGAGACCAAGUUGGUCUUGUCACGUUUCGAAGUCGAGUCGGUGACUAUCGGGGAGGCCCCCGUUGAGACCGAGGAGGAUGAGGAGGAGGUGUGGCUCUUCUGGAAGGACAGCUGCAAGGAGAUCCGCAGCAAGAGCAUCCGCGAGCUGGCCCAGGAUGCCAAAGAAGGCCAGAAGGAGGACCAAGAGGUCAUCAGCUACUACAGGUACCAGCUGAACUUGUUUGCGAGGAUGUGCCUGGACCGGCAGUACUUGGCCAUCAACAAGAUCUCGGGCCAGCUGGACGUGGACCUGAUCCUGCGCUGCAUGUCGGACGAGGACCUGCCCUACGACCUGCGCGCCUCCUUCUGCCGCCUCAUGCUGCACAUGCACGUGGACCGCGACCCCCAGGAGCAGGUCACGCCCGUCAAGUACGCGCGCCUCUGGUCCGAGAUCCCCUCCCAGAUCGCCAUCGACGACUAUGACAGUGACGGCACCACGCGAGAUGAGAUUAAGGAGCGGUUCGCCCUCACCAUGGAGUUUGUCGAGAACUACCUACGCGAUGUGGUUUGUCAGAACGUGCCCUUCUCCGACAAAGAGAAAAACAAGCUCACGUUUGAGGUUGUUAAUCUUGCCAGGAAUCUCAUCUACUUUGGCUUCUACAACUUCAGUGACCUAUUGCGCUUGACCAAAAUCCUCCUGGCCAUCCUUGACUGUGUCAAUGUCAGUACAAUAUACCCCAUCAACAAGCUUGAGAAAGGAGAUGAGAACAAAGGCGAAAACCAGAGCGGCAGUAACGUCAUGCGCUCCAUCCACGGGGUGGGGGAGCUGAUGACUCAGGUGGUGUUGAGGGGAGGGGGCUUCCUGCCCGCCACCCAGAGCCUGCCCAUCCCCACCAACGGAGACGUGGUCAAGGCCCAAGUGGAGCCCGAGAAGGAGGACAUUCUGGUGAUGGACACCAAACUCAAGAUCAUAGAGAUCCUGCAGUUCAUCUUGAAUGUGCGGCUAGAUUACCGCAUCUCUUGCCUGCUCUGCAUCUUCAAGCGUGAGUUUGAUGAAACAAACACCCAGACGGACUUGGCAGCUGCAGUGGCCAAUCCAGACGGAUCCAACAACAUGCCAGCAGCACUCGAUUUUGAGAAGAUCGAAGAGCAAGCAGAGGGUAUAUUUGGUGGAAGUGAGGAGAACACACCACUGGACCUGGAUGACCACGGUGGUCGGACAUUCCUGCGGGUUCUCCUCCACCUAACCAUGCAUGACUACCCUCCUCUGGUGUCGGGGGCGCUUCACCUGCUCUUCAGGCACUUCAGCCAGAGACAGGAGGUGCUCAUGGCCUUCAAACAGGUCCAGCUGCUGGUCACCAGUCAGGAUGUGGAGAACUACAAGCAGAUCAAGAGCGAUCUGGACCAGUUGCGCUCCAUCGUGGAGAAGUCUGAGCUGUGGGUCUACAAGAGGCAGGGCGAUGAGAACAAUGAUGGAGGAGAUGGACCUGCAGCCGAGUCCGACCACAAGAAGAAGGGGGAGUCGGGCGGCUCAGACAAGAAGAAGACGGAGAGCACAAGCAGCUAUAAUUACCGCGUAGUUAAGGAGAUCCUGAUACGGCUCAGUAAGCUCUGUGUCCAGGAAGGAUCGUCAGGGAAGAAGAGUAAGAAGCAGCAGCAGAGGCUCCUGAGGAACAUGGGGGCGCACAGUGUGGUGCUGGAGCUGCUGCAGAUCCCCUACGAGAAGGGCGAAGAUGUCCGCAUGCAGGAGAUUAUGAAGCUGGCUCAUGAGUUCCUGCAGAACUUCUGUGCAGGGAACCAACAGAACCAGACCCUGCUCCACAAGCACCUCAACCUGUUCCUCAACCCAGGGAUCCUGGAGGCGGUGACCAUGCGGCACAUCUUCAUGAACAACUUCCAGCUGUGCAGCGAGAUCAACGAGCGGGUCGUGCAGCACUUUGUCCACUGCAUCGAGACCCGCGGCCGGCACGUCCAGUACCUCAAGUUCCUGCAGACCAUUGUCAAGGCCGAGAACAAGUUCAUCAAGAAGUGCCAGGACAUCGUCAUGGCCGAGCUGGUCAACGCGGGCGAGGACGUGCUGGUGUUCUACAACGACCGGGCGUCCUUCCAGACGCUGGUGCAGAUGAUGCGCUCGGAGCGCGACCGCAUGGACGAGAACAGCCAGCUCAUGUACCACAUCCACCUGGUGGAGCUGCUGGCCGUCUGCACCGAGGGCAAGAAUGUCUACACCGAGAUCAAGUGCAACUCCCUGCUGCCGCUAGACGACAUUGUGCGUGUGGUCACUCACGAGGACUGCAUCCCCGAGGUGAAAAUAGCCUACAUCAACUUCCUGAACCACUGCUACGUGGACACGGAGGUGGAGAUGAAGGAGAUCUACACCAGCAACCACAUGUGGAAGCUCUUUGAGAACUUCCUGGUGGACAUCUGCAGGGUGUGUAACAACACAAGUGACAGGAAGCACGCUGACACCGUGCUGGAGCGCUAUGUGACCGAGACGGUCAUGAGCAUCGUCACCACCUUCUUCAGCUCGCCCUUCUCUGACCAGAGCACCAGCCUGCAGACCCGGCAGCCUGUAUUUGUUCAGCUCCUGCAAGGUGUCUUCAGGGUGUACCACUGCAACUGGCUGAUGCCCACCCAGAAGGCCUCAGUGGAAGGUUGCAUCAAGGUCCUGUCAGACGUAGCUAAGAGCAGAGCCAUCGCCAUCCCUGUGGAUCUGGAUAGUCAGGUGAACAACCUGUUUGUGAAAUCCAAUAAUGUGGUGCAGAAGACGAUCCUGAACUGGAGGCUCUCAACGCGCAACGCCACCAGGCGCGACUCCACACAGACCACGUCACGAGACUACAGGAACAUCAUAGAGAGGUUACAGGACAUUGUGUCCGCCCUGGAGGACCGGCUGCGGCCGCUGGUGCAGGCCGAGCUUUCCGUGCUGGUGGACGUGCUUCACCGGCCCGAGCUGCUUUUCCCUGAAAACACGGAGGCACGCAAGAAGUGUGAGAGCGGAGGCUUCAUCUCCAAGUUGAUUAAACACACCAAGCAGCUGCUGGAGGAGAAUGAGGAGCGUCUGUGCAUCAAAGUGCUGCAGACGCUCCGGGAGAUGAUGACCAAAGACCGCGGCUACGGAGAGAAGUUGAUUACCUUUGAUGAUGAGAUGGAAGUGGCUGAGGCGCACGACAGGUUUCUCAAUCAGCCCUCACUAGGCAAGUUCUCAGGAAAGGUGCAAGGUCUUCGUCCUGAGCAGCUGGUCCCUCCACCUGAGCCCGAAGUCCCUGCAGAGGAGCUUGACCCAAACCAGCCGCAGAAGCAACUGGAAGAUCAGAAGAGGGGUGAAGCGCUGAGGCAGAUUCUGGUGAACCGUUACUAUGGCAACAACAAGCCAGGGGGCCGCCGCGACAGCCUGACGAGCUUCAGUAAUGGGCCGCUCAGCCCCGGAGGACAGGGCAAGGCUCUGACAGGCGCCGGAGUGGGUUCCAGCGUGAGCCGCGGGGAGAUGAGCCUGGCCGAGGUGCAGUGCCAUCUGGACAAGGAGGGCGCGUCGGACCUGGUCAUCGAUCUCAUCAUGAAUGCCACCAGCGACCGCAUCUUUCAGGAGAGCAUCCUGCUGGCCAUCGCCCUGCUGGAGGGAGGCAACACUGUCAUCCAGCGUUCCUUCUUCUACCGGCUGACUCGGGACAACAAGUCGGAGAAGUUCUUUAAGGUCUUCUACGAGCGCAUGAAACUGGCCCAGCAGGAGAUCAAGGCCACGGUGACGGUCAACACCAGUGACCUGGGCAGCAAGCGGAAGGACGAGGAACCUCCGGACAAAGACGCCCCCGCACGCAAGAAAGUGAAGGAAGUGGCCGCUGCUGUGGUGACAGAGGAGGUGCGGGAGCAGCUACUAGAGGCCUCGACCGUCACCAAGAAGGCCAUCACGGCGUACCGGCGUGAGGUGGACGCCGAGGAGCAGUUGAGCGGCGCCGAGGGUCAGGUGGCGGCCGCCGGGGCCACGGGCACCGCCAACGACAAGAGCGCGGCGGACGAGGGCGAGAUGAGCGUCAUCAUCACCAUCAUGCAGCCCAUCCUGCGCCUCAUGCAGCUGCUGUGUGAGAACCACAACCGCGAGCUGCAGAACUUCCUGCGCUGUCAGAACAACAAGAACAACUACAACCUGGUGUGCGAGACGCUGCAGUUCCUGGACUGUAUCUGUGGCAGCACCACCGGGGGCCUGGGCCUGUUGGGCCUCUACAUCAAUGAGAAGAACGUGGCCCUCAUCAACCAGACCGUCGAGAGCCUCACCGAGUACUGCCAGGGGCCCUGCCACGAGAACCAGAACUGCAUCGCCACUCAUGAGUGCAAUGGAAUCGACAUCAUCAUUGCCCUGAUACUCAACGACAUUAACCCCCUGGGCAAGAAGAGGAUGGACCUGGUGUUGGAGUUGAAGAACAACGCCUCCAAGCUGCUGCUGGCCAUCAUGGAGAGUCGCCACGACAGCGAGAACGCCGAGCGGAUCCUCUACAACAUGCGGCCCAAGGAGCUGGUGGAGGUGAUCAAGAAGGCCUACAUGCAGGGGGAGAUUGAAGUGGAGCACACUGAGGAGGGAGAGGAGGGGGAGGAAGAACACGCUGCCUCUCCUCGCAACGUCGGCCACAACAUCUACAUCCUCGCCCAUCAGCUCGCCAGACAUAACAAAGAGCUGCAGGCCAUGCUGAAGCCGGGAGGCACCUAUGGAGAGGGCGACGAGGCCUUGGAGUUCUAUGCCAAGCACACAGCUCAGAUUGAGAUUGUGCGUCUGGACCGCACCAUGGAGCAGAUAGUCUUCCCCGUGCCAAACAUCUGUGAGUUCCUCACACAAGAGUCCAAGCUGCGCGUCUACUACACCACGGAGCGUGACGAGCAGGGCAGCAAAAUCAACGACUUCUUCCUGCGCGCUGAGGACCUCUUCAACGAGAUGAACUGGCAGAAGAAGCUGCGAGGUACUCAAGAGGCUACUGGUAACGCAAACACGGUUCCCUCCCAGCCCAUCCUCUACUGGUGCUCCAGGAACAUGUCCUUCUGGAGCAGCAUCUCCUUCAACCUGGCCGUGCUCAUGAACCUGCUGGUGGCCUUCUUCUAUCCCAUUGAGGGAAUUCGUGGAGGUACACUGGAGCCUCACCUGUCGGGGCUGCUGUGGCUGGCCAUGCUGGUGUCGCUGGCGAUCGUCAUCGUGCUGCCGCAGCCCCACGGGAUCCGGGCGCUCAUCGCGUCCACCAUCCUGCGCCUCAUCUUCUCCGUGGGCCUGGAGCCCACCCUUUUCCUGCUCGGGGCCUUCAAUGUGGGCAAUAAGGUCAUCUUCCUGAUUAGUUUCGCGGGGAACCGGGGCACGUUCACGCGCGGCUACAAGGCCAUGAUCAUGGAUGUGGAGUUCCUCUACCACGUCCUCUACCUAAUCAUCUGCAGCCUCGGCGUCUUCGUCCACGUCUUUUUCUACAGCCUGCUGCUCUUUGACCUGGUGUACCGAGAGGAGACGCUGCUGAACGUGAUCAAGAGCGUGACGCGUAACGGCCGCUCCAUCGUGCUGACCGCCGUGCUGGCCCUCAUCCUGGUCUACCUCUUCUCCAUUGUGGGCUACAUCUUCUUCAAGGACGACUUCAUCCUGUCCGUGGACAGGAUACCCAACAAAACACUAGAGAGCGGCGCCAGCAUGGUCGGGGACUUCCUCUCUGGCACAGCAUGUCGGAAGGACACUGGGGAGAACUGCUCUACAGAGGCUGUGGUAGAUGCCAUGGUGGCGUCGGCGGUGGUGAUCGAGGACAAGGAGCGCACAUGUGACUCUCUGCUCAUGUGCAUCGUCACUGUCCUCAGUCAUGGGCUGCGGAGUGGCGGCGGUGUGGGGGACGUCCUGCGCAAGCCUUCCAAAGAGGAGCCGCUGUUCACGGCGCGGGUCAUCUACGACCUCCUCUUCUUCUUCAUGGUUAUCAUCAUCGUCCUGAACCUGAUCUUCGGUGUGAUCAUCGACACCUUCGCCGACCUCAGGAGCGAGAAGCAGAAGAAAGAAGAGGUGCUCAAGACCACCUGCUUCAUUUGUGGCCUGGAGCGAGACAAGUUUGACAACAAGACGGUGACGUUCGAGGAGCACAUCAAGGUGGAACACAACAUGUGGCACUAUCUCUUCUUCAUCGUGCUGGUGAAGGUCAAGGACCACACGGAGUACACAGGGCCAGAGAGCUACGUGGCCCAGAUGAUCAGGGAGCACAACCUAGACUGGUUUCCGCGGAUGCGCGCCAUGUCUCUGGUGAGCAUGGACGGCGAGGGCGAGCAGAACGAGAUCCGCAACCUGCAGGAGAAGCUGGAGUCCACCAUGAAGCUGGUCUGCAACCUGUCAGGCCAGCUGACCGAACUCAAGGAGCAGAUGACAGAGCAGAGGAAGCAGAAGCAGAGGAUCGGGCUCCUGGGUCACCCCCAGCACAUGAAUGUCAACCCCCAGCAGCCGGCAUGAGACCUAGCCGCACCAGGCCACUUCCCUGCAUCCUCACCCCAGCAGCCACCGAGGGUUCGGGGGAUGGGGGGGGGGGGAUAGUCACCUUCACAUCCUGUUACACUCCUUCAUCUCGCCCCACUGCACACCAGUGUGUAGCCUGCCACUCAUAGCUCAUAACAAGUCUCCAAGGGCCAUGUUCAGCCAGCGUAGCCCCCCCCCACCCCCCACACACACACACACUCUCACACAAUAGGCCACCAGGAAAUUACAGCAGUCACAUUCUUAAACUGCGUCAACAUGCAGGCAGAGCUCAUAACGUGAUCUACCAAAGUCCAUCCGGGACUGGUGCCAAAUGCUUCUUCUAGAUGUUGUUGUAGUUGUUGUUUAUUUAUCUUUGUUUUGUUUCCGUUAUCUGUGCAGAGAUAUCGAAGUGAAAUCUCAUGCCAUGGCCUUUACAGAGUGAACUUGAAAAACACAGCAGGCCUGUAACUGCUCGGUGGAAGAGGGAGCUAGUGCAAUGUUCUAGAUGCUGCUUGGGGACAUGUUUGACAGGCAUCUCUCUUUUUUGUAUUAAAAAAACAGAAUAGCAAGCAGUAUUCUAUGUCUAUUAUUUUUGUAAUUUUGUGCAAUAUCAACACUAUAAUAUGCAACCGUUUUGAUCUGUAAAUGGCAUCUCCUAGUUCAUCAAGAGGAAGCGGGCGUCUUCUAGUUGGGAGUUUUUCCAUCAUUCUUGUUUAACUCCGAUAGUCACAGAUCUUGUUUGUUGGUAAACAUCCUAGGAUGAUCUCUGAUCAGAUCAGAUACAUUUGGGGUGUAUGACAUAGAAUGUUUGAUUCUACUAUGGUUUUAUUUAUUUUAUUUAUUUCAGAGUCUACAUUUAAAGAGACACUCAAUAGAUUGAUAAAUGUCAGUCACAAAAUAGGGUCUCUUUUUAUCUUUCAAAUCAAACUAUGUUCUAUAUGUGACCUCUAGCUUUCAUGACUUGCAUUCUUGUAUGUAGUUGGAAACUCAGUGGUUUUUAGGUUAUCUGCUUCUAGGGUAGUGCAGACUUAAACUUAACUCAGUGAUGUUUGUGCUAGCUUUACACAUCAUAAUACAUUCUAAUUGACAGCUUCUCCUCACUCUUUCAUGCACACUUCAUCCCCCCUUUUUGUCUUUCAUUCUUUCUUUUUACUUUCCUUCCUCUCUCUUCCUCUCUGCAUUUCCAUCAACUCAACUGAACCCUCACUAACGUUGUGCCUCUUGCAAGUCUUAGUACUAACUCAAUGCUUCUGUUUUUCUUUUCUUUUUUCACAUUUUGUGUACUAUUUCAUUUUCUUCAUGCCUAUGUUUUGAUUCAGAGCUGAUUUAUUUUGUUUUGUAUCCUUUUUAAACAUGUAUAUAUGUCUGCAAAGCCUUUUGCUAUUGUAUAGAAAUACAUUUUCAAAGGGGCACCAUAGAAUUUAACAGCAGUGUUACUAAGAACAUAAAUAACAGUAAUUUAAGAAAUACAGUAAUCAACCCUGUAAAUUUAAUGUAGAACUAUUUAAUAAAAUGUUUAAUUCAA